CGGGCCCACGGGCAGGAUCCGGCCGCCCUGGCUCGUUGCACUGAAGUGCAUUUCAUUUUGCAGUGCGCUUCCCGGGCAGGCAGGAAUGUUCCCUCUGCUUUUCACAUAUGCACACUUUCAUACUCGAUUGAAACAUAGUUAAAGUAGAUACUUUUUUCUUGGAACUCUGCAUUGUGGGCACCAAGGGGAUGAAGGAGAAGAACUGCCCUUAUGCAACCAGUCAGUCCAUUACAGUUUUGUGACAUUUCUCCAGCAAAACAUUCUAAAGCACAUUGCAGAGGAAAGAAAAUAAGACAAAUUCCCAAAGCAGCAGAGCCCUGGAUCCAGGAAGGGUCUUCCACAGUGGAAAGAGGAGGGAAGAUGGUGCUCUGAUACUGACUCUGAAUAGAAAGGGAGAGAUUAGAGUGCAGAGAAUCUCUCUGAAAGAUCAUGGAGGAUCAUUUCCCUGACUGUGAUGUAACCUGUGUGACCACCACAAAAACAUAUUUGGAGAAGUUUGUGCAGCUGGCUGAGUUGGGCACAUUGUGCUAUAUUUGAAGGACUGUGACUCAGAAUGAAGAGGUGUAAGUGUUCCUGCAAAUAUCCCACGAGGCUGAAGAUCUUAGUUCUGUUUCUAAUGGGAUGGCUCCUUGCACUGAUGAAACUUCUGAAUGUUGAAAAAUUCUUAUUUCCACACAAAGGUAUUUAUUUAGUUGAACACUUUUUAAGCACUUCAUCUUAUGUUAGAAACAAGUAUUCCUAUCUCAGGAACAGCACCCAAUAUACAAUAAACUGUUCUUCUAUAUAUGAACAAGAACCCAGUGAAAUUGGCAAGAGUUUAGAGGUAAGAAGAAAAGAUAUAAUUGAUUUAGAAGAUGAAGAUAUUAUAGCGAUAACCAGUGACUGUCAGGUAUAUCGCACUCUAAGAGGAUACUACCUAAAGCCUGUUUCACCUGAGGAGGAAAAUUUCCCAUUAGCUUAUUCUUUAGUUGUUCACAAAGAAGCAGUAAUGGUUGAAAGGCUCAUACACACAAUAUACAGUCAUCAAAAUGUUUACUGUAUUCAUUAUGACCAAAAGUCAUCUGAUAAUUUCAAAUCUGCUAUGGACAAUCUAGCUAAGUGCUUCCCCAACAUUUUCAUUGCAUCAAAAUUGGAAACAGUAGAAUACGCACACAUUUCUAGGCUCCAAGCAGAUUUUAAUUGUUUGUCUGACUUGAUGAUAUCUUCAGUUCCAUGGAAGUAUGUUAUUAACUUGUGUGGUCAAGACUUUCCUUUGAGAUCAAAUUUUGAAUUGGUCUCUGAAUUGAGGAAACUCAAUGGGGCAAAUAUGCUUGAAACCACAAAGCCAAGUAGCAGCAAAAAGGAACGAUUUAUUUAUCAUCAUGACCUUCAGAAAGUGCCUUAUGAAUACAUGCAGAUGCCUGUAAAAACUAACAUUUCUAAGGAUCCUCCACCUCAUAAUAUUGAGGUUUUUGUAGGCAGUGCCUAUUUUGUGUUAAGUCAAGCAUUUAUCCAAUUUACCUUUGAGAAUUCUCUGGUUAAAGAUUUUUUUGAAUGGUCAAAGGACACUUAUUCUCCAGAUGAACAUUUCUGGGCCACUCUUGUACGUAUACCUGGAAUUCCUGGAGAAAUUUCAAGGUCUGCUCAGGAUAUAACAGACCUCCAAAGCAAGACUCGGUUGGUGAAAUGGAACUAUCUUGAAGACCAUUUGUAUCCUCCAUGUACUGGUACCCACCUUCGCAGUGUGUGCAUCUACGGAGCUGCAGAGUUAAGAUGGCUUCUAAAUUCUGGACAUUGGUUUGCCAAUAAAUUUGACUCCAGAGUGGACCCUGUUUUAAUAAAAUGCUUGGGAGAAAAAUUGGCAGAACGACAGAAGGAUUGGGUUGAUUUGUCUUCUGAAGAUUCCUUCAUACACAGAAGUUUUGCAAAAGUCCCACAAUAGCAGUGUGGGGCAUUCUACAGACAAUAGCGUCCUGGGCCUGGAGCUCCUACUGCCUUGACCUUGUACAGAUGCUAGCCCCAGUGAGAACGCUCACACUGUCUGGGGGCGGGAAUCGACUACACAAAGUGCAAGGUUAUGGAAAGCCAUGUCCCAGCUGUUAAAUUAUGAUAUGUUAUGUCUCUGAAGAAUCAUUUUAUAAUAUGCCAUAAUAACACUCUGUCCAUUGUAGAUUUCAAGGUGAUCUUUAUAAAGAUCAGAUACUAAGGGGACGUGACACCAUCUGUGGCAAUUGAAUGCUUUAGAUCAAGUUUGCCUGUAUAAUUCUUAUGAAAAUUCCAGACUAUUUUGCCACAAGCUCCUCCCCCUCCCCUUUUUAAUUCUUGAAACAGAGGAAGGAAGACCUCAAUGUCUGCUAGCUUAAGAAAUGGGAAUGAAAUGCCCAACUUCAGAACAAAAAUGAAAUAAUGCUGAUGUAUGGCAACUGCAGUACGAAGCCCAUGGGUCAACAAGCCCAUAGUUCCCCAUCAGUGGCAGAUACCAAGGAUCUUUGCAAGGUGAAUGUGUUUGGAAAAUAUAAAGGAGAGAGAUUUUGGUACCUUACCACUCAUUCUCCUGUGCAUCUAUCUGUUUCUAUAUUUUUGGUUUCCUCUCUGCUAAUGUGCUUUCUUACACUUUUCCAUUUCUGUAAACAUUGUGAUGGUUGAUAGAGGCAGGAAUACAAAUUCUUUGAGGCUUGUACGCAUUCGCCUUCUUUCAGAGCUCCACAAAACAGAAAUCAGCGCCAGUAAAUGUUUUGUUCUCAUUCUGUUUUCAUCUCCAAGUAGAAGCAUCCUACUGCAAAAUCCAAGCCAUGUAGUUCAAUGAGACACUCUUUUGAGCCGGUAUGCUAAAUAUAUGUAGGUACAGUAGGUAUCACGCAUGCUAUUCUAAUUGGCAUUUGGCAGUUUUGUGUUAUAUUACAAUGUGAUAAAAAGAAGCCAUAACCCCAGAACCAGAUCUGGAGCUGAGGAGCUUCCAGCAUAGCUCAAGAGUAGCCUAUGCAGAGGUGGCUUUGCAAUGUCUCUGAGUUUCUCUGAUCCUACACCAGGUCACUGUCACUUCAGGUUAUUGUGGCAGCCAGGAAUUGAGGGGCAUGAAGGAGCCCUAGCUGUUCCCUUUGUCUUAGCUGUGCUUUCUACAUUGGAGGCCAGGAGACAUGAUGAUGUAGGGGUGUCCUAUGCUGAUACCACUAACCCUCUCAUCCCCUUUCACAGAGGGAGUCCUGUGGGGUCUGGAUAUGCUACCCACCCAGCCUUGUGUUCUUGGUUAACAGUGCCCAACAUAAGCAUGGCUUUUGGCCCAGAUGCCCACAGGUAUUUAGGCACCUGACUCCUAUUCCUAAUGAUGCCUUUGAGGAUCUAGGCUUUUGUGUUUAUCAGCAUACAAAUUGCUCCGAUAACAGACCCUCUCUUGUUGUUCCAUUUAAAGAAUAGGAACAGGACUACCCAAGUUCCCCAAUAUUCAGGGAAAAGUGUUUUGUAAAAGGAUGGGAUUAAGUAUGUUUAUAUUUUCAGUGAGGAUUUCAGUCUUAUCUUAAGUACUUUGGGGCAGCUGUGGGCUGGUCUCUAGUGGCUUUAUAAUAUGGUGGGAGAGUCAGGAGUCCUGGGCACUGUUUCCAAAUCUAACACUAAAUUGCUUUGUGGCCUCAGACAACCCAUUUAACUUCUGUUUCAACUGAUCUAUCUAUAAAAUGGUAAAAGUGAUGGUCAACUCCUGUUGUAAAGCACCUUGAGAUCAAUGAAUGAAAAAUGUAUUGUGGUUAAAAUGAUAAUCUGCACUAUCUGCUUUCUAUCAAAACUAUUUGUGAACUCUUUGAAACGCACAAAUCAGGUCUUUCCUUGAUGUUCUGUUUUGCAAAUAAACAGGGUUUUGUUUUG